AUGACUAGACAUACCUUACUUGACUUGGACUUUACAAAUAUGUGUGACCCCACCCCUGUGUUGUAUCCAUCUGAUAACCAGCGAUAUGAAGCCAGUGCCUGUGCCCCAAACGAUAGCCCCGGAUUAUCAAACCCUCCACGUACUGUUUCGUCUAAAGAGGCGCCAUCUAGUAACUUAGAAGCGACUAUACUGCAUCAGUUAUCAACAGUAGUGGAACCAUUGGAACUGCAAAGAAAGAGAAUUGACGAAAUUGCAGCUACAAAAACAUCGCCCAAUUCUGUGAAUAAUAUGUCUAAUAGUGAACAAGUAGUGAAUACAAAUGGGGCAGGUGAGGUGUUUGAUGUGAAAACUUGCCUAAAACAAGGUGUGAGUGCGGGGGGUGGUUACAACAAAUCAAACGUUACGCUUGGGUCGAAUUCUGGUGAAUAUAAUUUCGUUCCUAGUGUAACAUCUACACCGAAUACUAGAGGUGACGUCUCCGGGCGUGUGUACCGUAAACCUAUGAGGACGCCCCAAGCUCAUGAGGGUAGUACAUCCUUCAUGGACUACAGGUGCCAUUUUCAACUUUGUGCUCAACUUAAUAAUUGGAGUGAAAAUGAGAUGGCUUUACAUUUAGCCACAAGUUUAAAGGGCAGUGCCCAGAAAGUGUUAACGUCGUUAAAGGUGGAAGAUCGUUUAAUUUAUUCAAAAGUUACCGGUGCUUUAGAAGACAGAUUUUUACCCCAAAAUCAGUGUCAAUUAUAUAGAGCCCAAUUGAAGGCCCGGAAAAGAAAACCAAAAGAAAGUCUGCCCGAACUUGGGGAAGCACAAAGUUUGCCUUUUGUGAUGCUUUGUGACGAUCGAGAUAUGGUGUGGCAGAUUCAGAGAACCAGACCAACAAAUGUUGAGGAUGCUGUAAGGUUAGCCGUAGAGUUAGAGGCACACCGUUCCGCCUGUGACACUCAGCCAGGGAAAAUCCGAAGUGUAGAUACACCACCUGAGUUAGUUGAGCUACAAAAUAUGAAGAAGAAAAUCAGUGAUAUGAACGCGUCAUUAGAGAAGUUCAAAAGUGACCAACGAAAGAUGAGCGUGGUAAAUACAAAACAACCUGAGCAUAAAAACCAAUCUCCAGGUAAUACCAAUAAUUAUAACACCAGUAGAGGGGCGACAAAUGGAAAUGGAAGUGCCAGUUUUAGAAAUCAGCGCUAUGACCAUAACAACAGGUGGCACCAUGCUCGUUCGGGUCAUGGUAGUCGUGCAAAUAAAAGAGCCUUUGGCACCCUCAAUGAAACUGGUCUUCACAUAAAGAGUAUCAUACAAUCAGUGAAUGUAAAUGCCCUUAUUGAUACUGGGGCUACAAUAAGUUUCUUAUCAAAGAAGUCCUUCGAUUCUAUUCCACGAAAUAAUCGACCAGAACUAAAAUAUGUGGCUCCUAGAUAUAGUACAGCGAACGAUCGGUUAAGAAUAUACAACCAACGUGACGAAGAAUCUGACAGUGAUGCACCAUGUGAACCGAUAAACGACUUCCUUGACAGUGACGACAAUGUAGAUGCCGAUAGAGAUGCGUCAUGUAAACCGAUAGAUGACUCUCCUGACAGUGACUAUUGUGAUAGUAAUGUGGGUGGCGAUAAUGCGGAAUCGUUAGAUGUCCAGGGUUUUGCUCCUGUAACCUCUAGGUAUGGAAGAGUACGCCGACAACCUGCUUAUCUCGACGCAUAUGUAAUGUGUGUUUCUUCUAUUCCAGGGAAGAUGGCCACAGCAAUGACCUAUCUGGAGAAUUUUGGAUGCCCCUAUUGUAAGGAUGCUGUCUUCGACACCAAGUAUAGGUAUGAACGGCAUUGCGAUAGUGCCAAGCAUAAGAGGGUGAUAAUGGAGUUAGAGAGAUUGAGGAGACAGUCUAGGAUGGGUGAACCGAAGGAUGAUGACGAGAGAGAUGAUAAGAAAGAAGACAGGAAGAAAGAUGAUGAGAAGAAGGACGAUAUGAGACAAGAUGAGAAGAAGGAUGGUGAGAAGAAGAGGGUCGAUGAUAAGAGGAGAGAUGAAAAGAAAGAAGAUGGGAAGAAGGAUGGUGAGAAGAAGAAGGAUGGUGAGAGGAAGAAGGAUGAGAAGAAGAAGCAUGAUGAUAGGAAGAUGGGCGAGAGGAAGAAGGAUGAUAAGAAGAAGAAGCAUGAUGAUAGGAAGAAGGGCAGGAGGAAGAAGGAUGAUGAGAAGAAGAAGGAUGAUGAGAGGAAGAAGGAUGAUGAGAAGAAGGAUGAUGAGAGGAAGAAGGAUGAUGAGAAGAAGAAGGAUGAGAAGAAGAAGCAUGAUGAUAGGAAGAUGGGCGAGAAGAAGAAGGAUGAUGAGAAGAACAAGCAUGGUGAGAGGAAGAAGGAUGAGAAGAAGAAGGGUAGUGAUAGGAAGAAGGACGUUGGGAAGAAGGAUGAUGAGAGGGAGAAGGACCAGAGGAAGAAGGAUGAUGAGAGGAGACAGGAUUACCAGAAUGAUGACCAGGUUGUUGAGAAGAAGGUUGACAAGAAGGAUGGUGCGAAAAAGAAGGAUGAUUACAAGACGAAGGAUGAUAGCGAUAUAAAUGAUGGGAAGAAGGCUAAUAGAGAGAUAGAUGACGAGUAA